UAUUAUUAUUAUUAUUAUUAUUAUUGCUGUUGUUGUUGCUGCCGUUACUGUUGUUGUUUAUCUUGUUGAAAGUCGCAUCUCUGAUCAGUGCCAAAAACAACAACAAUCACCACCACAAUCACUACCACAAUCAUCACCACCACUGCCACAGCACAAUCAACAACCCCUGCCCUUCAAAGCAACAACAAUAACAACAACCAAAAGAACAACACACAACCACAAUCUACACUCAACACCACGUGAAAGUCUACCACCACCACUACUACAACCACAACCAAUACAACUAACACCCACACUACUACCCAACUUCCCCUAAGACCAUCACCUUCGUCCUUACCAUUAUCACUACUACCACUACAACCACCACCACCACCAGUACCACCACCACCACCACCACCACCACCGCCACCGCCACAGCCGCCGUCACCUGUCACCCUCCAGCCCCCGAAGCCGAACAAGCAUUUUAAGGAAGGCGUCUGGGCCAUCAGCAGCGGGGACGACCGACUCCUCGCGGAUUAUUCCCCGCCGACGCAGGAAAGAAAAUUGGGUCCAAAGUCCCAGGAGACCUUCAACAUUGGGAGAAUCGACCACUGAAAUUACACUCCACCCACAGCCACCUCCCCCCGCCCUUCCGUCUCUUUUUCCCUACGCGCCCAACCGACCCAUCUUUUCUCCGAUCUCCCUACUCCUCCCCUCUUACUCCUCCCGUACCUCCACCCCCACUUCCUUCGCUUCCAUCGCUAUCAGGAAAUUAAGGAGAUUCCUCUGUGUUUUGCUGACGUCUGGGGGCAGAGGACACGGGUGAUCGGUUGGCUCAUCGACAAGGCUGGAGGACUGGCGGGGCUACUGGCGGUGCCGCGGUGUGGGGGGUGACGGGCGCACCUAAGAACAUGAUGUGAGUGUGCAGCGCCGCUGGGAGACACGUGUGGCUGGCUGAGUGGGAGGGAAUCACCACUACUCCAUCACCACCACGCCAUCAUCACCCCGACACCACGUCCUUCCCGCCGGCAGCUCCGAAGAAUGUUAGAGGAUCCCAGUCAAGAUGCUGCAGAAGAGUCGGCGCUGGGCGGCCUGGGGGAUGCUGGGGCGGUGAGAGACAAGGCUGGGGGUCUGCCGUGCCGCGAGCCGGUGUCCUGCGGAGGCCUAUUCCAGGAGGACGGCACGGGGCAGCUGCUUCCCAUCGAUCGCCUGAGCCUCCUGUUGGUAGACGCGUCGGGCAUCAACGGUAGCAACGGCUCCUCCUCCGGCACGCACUACCACCCGCCGCUCUUCAACUUCUCGUCUGAUGAGCUGCUGGAUGUGCUGUCCGGCGUGAAGGAUGGCUACCUGGACGCCGUCACGCAGGUGGUGUUCAUCGUGUGUUACGCCAGCCUCAUGGUGCUGGGCGUGGGCGGCAACCUGAUGGUGGGCUGGAUCAUUUGGCGCAAGAAGACGAUGAGGACGCCUCGCAACCUAUACAUCAUCAACUUGACAGUGUCCGACCUCAGCAUGUGCCUGGUGUGCAUGCCCAUCACGCUGGUGGGGCUGCUCUACAAGAACUGGGGCAUGGGCGAACUGCUCUGCAAGUUAGUGCCGGUGCUACAGAGCGCCAACAUCAUGGUGUCCACCUCCACCGUGCUGGCCAUCGCCCUGGACCGCUACGCCACCAUCGUCAAGGUCGGCAGGUCCUCGAGAAGUAAGCUGCACGUCACCUCCUCCAUCGUGGCCAUCUGGACCUCGUCGGUGCUGUUCACGAUGCCGCUCUACUUUUACCACAGCGUGACACAGGUCCGCCUGGGCCACAUCGUCCUCUACGAGCGGUGCAUCUUCCACUGGCCGUCGCGGACGGCGCGCAACGCGUGGCUCAUCCUGUUGUUAGUGACGCAGUACGGGAUCCCCAUCGUGGUGCUGAGCGUGGUGCACGCCCGCAUCAAACAGUACCUGGGCCACCACCUCAUGGGCCAGUACGACGAACGCCGCGCCCAGCGGGAGAUAGAGAGGAACCGCAAAACUACGAUCCUUCUCUCAACCAUCGCCGUGGCCUUCGCCGUGUGCUGGCUGCCCUGGCACGUUGUAAACCUUCUCGCAGACUUCGAGUACGAGGGUCUGCGGGACCCCAAGCACUUCUAUGCCGUGUUCGGUGCCUCGCACAUCAUGGCGAUGAGCUCGGCGUGCAUCAACCCGGUGCUGUACGGCUGGCUCAACACCAACCUGCGGCGGGAGCUGGUGGAGGUACUGCCGCCCAUUUGCGUCAAGCUGGGCUGCCUCCUGCCGGGUGUGCGGGGGCCCGGGCGGAGUCUGGGCGGGGGCGGCGCAGGGGACUCCCCGACGAGACAACCAGAGAGUGUGACCCUCCUAGUGUUCCAGACCCACCCGCCCACCAGCCUCAUGCACCCCCUGUCCCGCUCCCCCGUCCCCCCCACCACCAACAGCACGCCCAUCACCACCACCACCACCACGACUGCCACCACCAACGCCAUCACCACCACUACUACUAUACUCGGGAACGACAUAUAGCACGGCGUCAUCUGGAGGCGAGGAGGGGAGGAAGUGAGGAUUACCGAGCACGCAGGAGGAGGACGAGGAAGAGGACGAGGACGAGGGAGAAGAAGAGUAAGAGUAAGAGGAGGCGAAGAAAGGAAUGGUUGUGAUAUAAAGAAAGGAUGUGAAGUUGAAAUGGACGGUGGAAGAGAGAACAACAACCACGUUAGAAAAGAGGAAGAAGAGGAAGAAGAGGAAGAGGAGGAAGAGGAGAAGAAGAAGAAUGGAAUGGUUGUGAUAUAAAGCGUGGAAGUGACUUUGAAAUGGAUGAUAAAAGAGGAAACGUAAAUCAGGUCAUAAACGGGGAAGAGGAGGAGGAUGAAGAAGAC